CAGCUGAACGGAACUCACAUAUCCAAACACUUUUCCCCGAGAGUUUUUUUAUGAAGAUGCACCUGAGAAUAGCUAGCUCGUGGCUGUCUUACGCUAGUAACUUCCAAGUUAGCUACACAAAUAAUUGUUUCGCAGUUCUCCACUUUGGAAUUUGACAACUCUUCAACGUGGUUUCUUCUACUGAGUACUGUACUCUACUGUAAAAGACCAUGGCAUGCCAGCAUGUGUCUGCUUGUCCCACCUUGAGAUCAUCAUGGAGAGUGGCUCUUGAUGCUGCUUGUAGAGUCAGCCAGCCAUGGAAGGGGAGUAGGUUGUCUUACUCUGGCUUUGCUCCCAUGGAGCCUGGUCACCAGGACAGACUUAAAGAUGACUCCACCAUCUUGGCUGAACAGACACUGCACACACCUGUCAUGCUUAAAGAAGUGCUCCGAUGUUUAGAUAUUCAACCUGGCCAGGUUGUUCUGGACAUGACUUUUGGAGGUGGAGGUCACACCAAAGCCAUCCUGAGGGCAUCUCCUGAGGUGACAGUCGUGGCUCUAGACCGAGACCCCACAGCAUUCAGCUUAGCUCAACAGCUGGCCAAGGAACACAGUGGCCGGGUGCACCCGUUACUGGGGCGUUUCAGUGAGCUGGGAGCCCUGCUGUCUAGACUGAGGUUGCAGUCAGGUAGUGUGGAUGCUGUUCUUCUGGAUGCUGGCUGCUCCUCCAUGCAGAUGGACUGUCCCGAGAGAGGAUUCUCCCUCAGUAAGGAUGGCCCUCUGGACAUGAGGAUGGAUGCAGACAGGUACCCCGACAUGCCCUGCGCCGCUGACGUUGUGAACGCCUUAGAUCAACAGGCGCUUGCGUCCAUCCUCACUGCCUAUGGGGAGGAGAGGCAUGCCAGGAAAAUAGCCUCGGCCAUGGUGGAGGCACGCAGUGUCUACCCCAUCACCCGGACACAGCAGCUGGCCAGCGUGGUGGCAGGAUCUUUUGCUGCCAGCGCUCUCUAUGCCCGCAAAGAUCGGCUUCAGCGACCCUCACACGUUGCCACCAAGACAUUUCAGGCGCUGCGUAUGUUUGUCAAUGAUGAGCUGAAUGAACUGCAUGCUGGACUCUGCACUGCUCAGACAGUGCUUAAACCUGGCGGCCGCCUCUGUGUGCUGACCUUCCAUUCACUAGAGGACCGCUUGGUAAAGCGUUUUCUCCAUGGAGAGGAUGUAGGUGCCCCACCCCGCCGGAGUGUCCGUCAGAGAGUCCAGCGAUGGGAGGAAGAGGAGGAGGAAGAAGAGAAGGGUGGGGAAAAGGACAGUGGUCACUGGGUUGACCUGCAGAGAGGGGUGCUGAUGCCACAGGCAGAAGACGUACUGGAGAAUCCACGGGGACGCUCAGCCAAACUCAGGGCAGCAUUCAAACAAUAACCCUCUGGAACUUGGCCUCAACCUGCACCAAUUAAAUCCUCCUUGUUUUUAACUAGACUACAGAACCACCAGGCUGGUCUUCGUCAGACACGACCAUACUGAUCAUAUCCAGGCACAGUCUCACUGGUGUCGGUUGGGUGACAUACAGAACAAGUGCCUUGUUAAUGGUGGAACGCUGAGGCUGACUGGUAUUUAACUGCCAUGCACUAACAGUCAACAAUCCAUGUAGGCAUGUGCUCUUUAGUUCGUAGUAUACUGUGUGUUGGCACAGAGUUUUUAUUUCAUUUAGUUUAAGUGAUUUGUGUACCAUUUUUGAAGUAUAGGAAAUACAAUUGUGCUGAAGCCUAAAUUGAAGAUAACAAAGGUUAAGAUAAGGAUUCUAAUAUCCCAUAACUAUUUGCAUAAAUGAGAAAUAAUUAGAAAACAAAGGGGCCAGCUAUGCUAGUUAGCAACGGUCCCAUGAAUCUGUUUAUUUUUCGAAAUAUUCUAAUCUGGGUAUCUUCAACCUAGGCUGAAGCCAGAGAUACAGAAGACAAAAAGUAUCUCACUCACUCACUCAAUUUGUACUGCAUUACUUUAUGGCUGAGCUGACAACGUUGCAUACAGUAACAGUUCUGUCUUGAAUUCUGAGUUUCCUCAGUUCUCCCCAUUGGCUGAACCCAUAAUGUCUUUGCUCUUUUGACUGAUUAAUUCAUCAGAACAAUGUUGCCUCCAACCGACUGAUGAGUAUCCAGAUCAACGGAUGUAGGCACUAACCUCCCUCACUGAUGUCUGUAUACUCCAGCAAUGAGAUAACAACUUCCUAGGUAGUUUUGGCCGAAUGUGUACUGCACUGCAUGAAUCAGUAAUGUCUUUAAAUACCAAGUGACUCAAGUGUCACAAGUGGUGGUGAAUGAGCGGAUGACUGUUUCGUUCAUGAGCCUUCUCCUCCAACUGUUAACAGAUGAGCUGUUUUGAUCUGUGCUAUUGGACUUUGUCUAUUUGUAAUUGCUUCAUCAAGAGGAUCAACACUUUUCUUCCCCUCUGCCUCAUUCUGUACACUCUAAAUAUACACUUCUUGUUACCUUGGAAACUAAACAGCACAAGUAACAUUUAACUGUGUCUAAAUGUGUUUGCUGUUUUAAUCUUCUGCGAAACGAUGCCGUAUGUAGAAUUUUGACGCCCCUCUCUUUGAGGUCAGUCAACGUCACACAGUCGUCAUGGUUAUUUGAAUUCAAUUUGAAAUAAGAAUGGUAAUCCUGUUUGAUCUGGUCUUUAAUGGAUGGUCCAAGGGUUCUAAGCCCCUUACUCUGUAGACCCCCAUUUCUCCCAUCUAAUCAGGAAUGAUUCAGACAUGGAACACCUGGUGUUUGGAAUCUGAAUUCAAAACUAAAAAUGUGACUCUCCCUUUUGAUGACCACUAUAUAACUGUGACUCAUAAUCGUGCAAGUGGUGACAAUUCCAACCAUAAAUUAUUCUAUAGAUAUCCGUCAGCACCUGUACACAUCAUCUGCCUUUUCCUUCCUGUACACCCUCUCUGCCACCUGACCAAAUUAAAGCUUUCUUCAGUUCUCCCAAGUUUGUCUAACUUGAACCAAUUUAACAAACUUUGCUUUGUUUCUACCCACUUCUCAUAACCUGUCAACUUUUGUAUUUUUUUUUUCUCUGUUUUACACUGCAUGCUCUUGUUCAUGGAUCCCGAUUUGGCAAUAUUAAGACUUGUAACGUACAGUUGUGGCCAAAAGUUUUGAGAAUGACACAAAUAUUAAUUUUCACAAAGUUUGCUGCUUCAGUGUCUUUAGAUAUUUUUGUCAGAUGUUACUAUGGAAUACUGAAGUAUAAUUACAAGCAUUUCAUAAGUGUCAAAGGCUUUUAUUAACAAUUACAUGAAGUUGAUGGAAAGAGUCAAUAUUUGCAGUGUUGACCCUUCUUUUUCAAGACGUCUGCAAUCUGCCCUGGCAUGCUGUCAAUUAACUUCUGGGCCACAUCCUGACUGAUGGAAGCCCAUUCUUGCAUAAUCAAUGCUUGGAGUUUGUCAGAAUUUGUGGGUUUUUGUUUGUCCACCCGUCUCUUGAGGAUUGACCACAAGUUCUCAAUGGGAUUAAGGUCUGGGGAGUUUCCUGGCCAUGGACCCAAAAUAUCUAUGUUUUGUUCCCCGAGCCACAUAGUUUUCACUUUUGCCUUAUGGCAAGGUGGUCCAUCAUGCUGGAAAAGGCAUUGUCCGUCACCAAACUGUUCCUUGAUGGUUGGGAGAAGUUGCUCUCAGAGGAUGUGUUGGUACCAUUCUCUAUUCAUGGCUAUGUUCUUAGGCAAAAGUGAGCCCAGUCCCUUGGCUGAGAAGCAACCCCACACAGAAAUGGUCUCAGGAUGCUUUACUGUUGGCAUGAGACAGGACUGAUGGUAGCGCUCACCUUGUCUUCUCCGGACAAGGGGAUUCAUCAGAGAAAAUGACUUUACCCCAGUCCUCAGCAGUCCAAUCCCUGUACCUUUUGCAGAAUAUCAGUCUGUACUUGACACCAGGCCAUGCUCCAAAAAUAUUUGGCUCACUGUGCGUUCAGAUGCACUCACACCUGCCUGCUGCCAUUCCUGAGCAAGCUCUGUACUGGUGGUGCCCCUAUCCCGCAGCUGAAUCAACUUUAGGAGACAGUCCUGGCGCUUGCUGGACUUUCUUGGGCGCCCUGAAGCCUUCUUCACAACAAUUGAACCGCUCUCCUUGAACUUCUUGAUGAUCUGAUAAAUGGUUGAUUUAGGUGCAAUCUUACUGGCAACAAUAUCCUUGCCUGUGAAGCCCUUUUUGUGCAAAGCAAUGACGACAGCACGUGUUUCUUUGCAGGUAACCAUGGUUGACAGAGGAAGAACAAUGAUUCCAAGCACCACCCUCCUUUUCAAGCUUCCAGUCUGUUAUUCGAACUCAAUCAGUAUAACAGAGUAAACUCCAGCCUUGUCCUCAUCAACACUUACACCUGUGUUAACGAGAGAAUCAAUGUCAGCUGGUCCUUUUGUGGCAGGGCUGAAAUGCAGUGGAAAUGUUUUUUUGUGGAUUCAGUUAAUUUGCAUGGCAAAUAGGGACUUGGCAAUUAAUUGCAAUUCAUCUGAUCACUCUUCAUAACAUUCUGGAGUAUAUGCAAAUUGCCAUCAUACAAACUGAAGCAGCAGACUUUGUGAAAAUUAAUAUUUGUGUCAUUCUCAACUUUUGGCCACGACUGUUCAUUGUGAACAUCAAUUGAGUUAAUCUUGAGCAUAAAGCAGAUAUGUCAGUGGCUGUAAAUGAGACUGACCUGUACUUGUAUGUUCUCAAUUACCAUGGAAACAGUGGCGUAAGUGAACAGUCGUUGGGAUAACUUGCUCUGUUAUUAACAGUCAUGAAUCAAUCCUUGGAUUGAAUUACUACCAAGUAAUAAGUAAUACCUACCAGGAAGAUGUUAAUCAGUUCUCAGAAGCCUGUUUCUGGCUAAGUCUUUCAGUGUGCAGACGAGUUACACACGUCCGUCCCCAUGUACUAACAAAAGGUGUGUAUUGGGUCAGUUGCCAUAGGAACAAACUCACAAAACCGAUUUCUUAACUCACCUCAGUUUUCUGAGAAAGGAUUUACAGAGGAAAAUUGUAACUGAAUGCAAAUAAAAAAUGAAAUCCA